UCCAAUAAUUCUGGUGUGUCUUUGUCAUAAUUGAGAGCUGCGAAUGUUACGCAUUUACGUACAGAUUAUUAGAUGAUCGAUGGUUGCUCGUCGAGCUUAGUUCGUGAACAUUUUGUCAUCUUAAAUUGGUUGAAUACAGCCUUCUAUACCAGUGCGUAUAAAGGUUGUAUCCGAAAGAGAUCGUCAACAGUUCCCCUUCUUCAAUUUACGCACUAUAACCCUGCAGUAAGAAGUAAUCGAUGAUGAAGCUCCUUUGUGUUCUUCUUUUUGCAUCAACCUGUCUUGGUUAUUCUGAUAAAAGUGGAUUUCAUUGUACAAUAGGAACUGCGAAUGUACCAUUAUCAUGGAUGGAUAUGGUGGAUCCAUGCAUAAAAAAUUUAACAUCCCAGAUCAAAACUGAGGUUGAAGCUUCUUUGACCUAUCUUGCAAUGGGUGCGCAUUUUGCACGUGAUUCUAUAAAUCGUCCUGGAUUUAGCAAAUUUUUCCUUGAAAAUGCAAGCGAAGAAAGAGAACAUGCAAUAAAACUUAUAGAAUAUUUGUUGAUGCGUGGUCAACUUAUAAAUGACGUUAAUGAUCUUUUAAAGUUCCCAUUAGUAAAAAUGAAUCCAGUGCGAGAGGAAUGGAAUUCAGGAAUGGAUGCACUUACAGAUGCUCUUAACUUAGAAGCUAAAGUUACCCGUAGCAUUCGAGAUAUCAUUACAACUUGUGAGACUCCUGCAAAUUAUAAUUUUAAUGAUUAUCAUUUGGUUGAUUAUCUUUCUGGAGAAUUCUUGGAAGAACAAUACAAAGGAGAACGUGUUCUUGCUGGAAAAAUCUCCACAUUGGGUAAAAUGAUUGUAAAUAAUGGUCCUCUUGGAGAGUUCUUAUUUGAUAAGAAACUCUUGAAUGGUGAAGUUUAAUUUUUAUUCUGUAUAUGAUAUAAUUUUAAUUUAAUGCACAUAUACAAUAAACAUAAUAAAAGUGUGUGGCCAUAUUUAGAAUAGUAUAUAUGUCAUUUAACAUGUUUAUACUAGAUUUAUAAUUUUGUUACUAUCAUUAUAUCUCAGUAAGCUUUUUCAUAUGAAAUAUAUUUCUAAAUAUGGCCUUCAAUAACUUAGAAAUUCAUAAAAUAACGUUUGCAGUGUUUGUUAUUCUAUGAUAAAUAUAUUAUUCCUAAUGAUCAAAUAAAUAUUAUUUUGAGAUUGA